CCAUGGAUAGAGCAUUUUUACAUAAUUUAAACAAAUUUAUAUUAAAAUGCCUUCAUAUGAAUUAUUUUUGGUGUUAAGACAGAUGUCCCGGCCUGAAUUGGUGUCGGCAUUGAAAAGAACAGCAGAAUCCAUUCUCGACAAAGGGGGUAUUAUAAGACGUUUACAAAAUUUGGGAUCCAGAGCUUUGCCCUACAAAAUUAGUGAACAAGGACUCGUCCACCGGGAAGGUACUUAUUUUGCCAUAAACUUUGAUGCGGCACCUGCAAAAAUAUCCGAUCUAAAGGAAGAGUUUGGUCGCGACGUAGAUAUAAUAAGGCGUAAUGUUUACAAGAUGGAAGAACCGGAGAAGUAUGAAUGCACAUUGCACGAGGAAAUGUUGCCGCCAGCUUAUCGCAAAGAUGUUCAGGAUAUGAUUGAAAUUGCGAAAAGAAAACAAAAACCAAAAUAUAAUUACAAUUCAGGAUUGGACUAUUAUCCAUUCCAAAAAUAAAGUUUGUUCGAAGAAGUUUAUUGUUUUUGAAUCAAAA